AUGGUCAAGACACUUCAAACCUGCAAGAAGUCCACCGGCAGCACUGCCCCACGCAUAGUGUUGAAGCUACCAAGCUCAACACUAGAGGCUCCUCCAUCUCCUGCAUUGAUGGAGGUGUGUGAUCCCUUCCGGCACAAUGAGUUCUGUAUCGUGUGCCAGGAUGGUUCUGUCAAGGAAGAUUGCCUCUUCCUGUGCAAUGCAUGCCCAAGGGUUAUGUGCUCUCAUUGCAUAGAUAUCCCCUCAGGCACUGUGCACCAGCUAGAGGCUGAUGACAUUACCUUCCUAUGCAUCUACUGCCAUGUAGGAAAGGAGCAGCAUGGAUGUGGAGGAUACUCACCUUAUUUUGGUUUUUACCAGAAUGACAAGCCAUUGUUCCCCUCCUUCCUCCCCAUCCGCACCACACUGGAGGUCUCCCUUCACUCACAACUAUCUUCUGCACCAGUACUGAUGCUCCAUCUCAUCCUCAUCGACCAUGAUACAACCAGUGGUUCCUUUGAACUUACUGCUGACUUCCUUCGCCCUUACUUUCCCAGUGGUGGACUUGAAUUCCACACCAUUGCCUUUGACAUUGGCAAUGAUACAAAGAUCAUGAAGUAUCAGUUAGAUGCAGCUUGCACCAUCCAGUCGCUGUUGAAGUCCACCUGGACUCAUGUAGUUAUCGCUAUCACCAACCAUAUGGAUAACGAUGAAGGUGAUCUGUUCAUGGGGUAUGAAACUAAGAAGAAGACUUAUGUUUCUGUGUGUGUUCACACAGUUUUGGACAUUCUCCUUUCACCUUGGGACCCAUUGAUUCAUGGUGCUGCAGAAUCUUACCUUUGGCUGUUGUCUUAUGGCGCACUGAUCAACAAACCAACUUCGUUUGCAUGCCUGCAAGCAGCAGUUAUCAAUCAUCACAUGACUGCCACUAUUGGCUUCAACACCAUUCGCUUCCAACCCACCUUCACAACUCACCUUCUUCUGGCCUUCGCAGAACUCAUUCUGAUCGAGCGCUUCGCCAUUCAGGUUGCAUUCCCUGAUAUGUUGGGACAAUCCUACAAAUUGGGGUGUCAUAGCGACAUGUUCUUGAUGAUGCUGAAUAGCAGUGGCUCAUUAACCAUUACCCAGUACGCCUGGACUCAUACUGAACUUUGCCCAUGGGGGCAAUACUUGCCAGUUCAGUGCCCCCAAUGUGGCUGGAUCAAUGCUUGGCGUUCUGUCAAUGUGGGAAAGGUGUACCACUUUGAAUGCAAGAAUGAUGCUUGCAGGAAAGGGUACUCAUUCUCCCAACCAGCUAAUUCAAGGGUGCUUCUUCCUGGUAUUGUGACUGCAGAUUCACCACAGGCUCUCAAACGAAUAGUGAAGAAAAUUCAUAAGGCUAUACUUGAAGCCCAAAAGGAACUUGAAGACGAAGAUGUGCCCCAAUUGCCUACUUCUUUGAAAAAGGAAAUAAAACAAUACUGUUCCCAAAUCAUCGCCUACAAGGAAGAGGCUGAGGUUAGAGAGGCUGCAAGUCAUCCAAGAGAAGCAUCCUUCUACAAGAAAUCACUUACCAAAUGGGAUGUCACACAGAGGUUGUUCAAGGAAGAAAUAGAUAAGUUUGACAAGGCUGAGCAGAGAAGGAAAGGCGUCCAACAGUCAAUCAAGUAUCAGACAGGCCAUGCUAGGGAAUGGUUUGACAAUAUGUCACCUUCACAACAGGAGGAGGUCAAGUUCACCAUGACAAAAUGGAAUAGGGAGGGGGCACCAGAAGAAAGUCAAGCAGUGAAGAACAACCUCAAGAAAACACUUGAAGACUUUUCAGAGCAAAUCUGGUGUACUAUGGGUUGUCAAGUGGUGAUGUUUGUCAGUCACAAGAAAAAAGCUAGUCAGAUAAUGUCUGUCAGUCUACAUGAAACCAAGCCUCAAAAUGUCAAGAAGAGGUUCUCUGUCAGCUCCAAUGGGAUCAAGGAGUGGACUGCAACUGGAUUUGAAUCCUUUGCAGAAUGGUCAAAGACCGAGUUUUGCAACAUGUAUCCCACUGCAUUUGUGGUCAAAGACCCUUCUCAUAUGAAGACUGAGGAGGUCAAUCAUCUAUGGAACCAUUGGGAACAAAAUUCGGCUGCAAACAAGAAGCUAGUCAUUUUUGUCAAAGCCAAAGAUGGUGAUGUGUGCGCAAAUAUGAAAAAGACAGACUGGCUUCCUUCCUUGAACAGCUCUGAUUUCACAGAACAUAGAACCCAGCCAGCCAACACAACCCCAGAUGAUGUUUCAUUCAAUGAUCAAUAUACAUUCCUUGAAUCUCUGAGCAAGAAUGACAACUACCUGGAGCUUAUAGAUGCCACUAGGGAUCUGGCAAAGUUGGCCAAGCAGAAGCCAACUUCAGAGCAGAAUCCAGAUUUGCCUAUCUGGGCUAACUGGUCUUGGGGAGGAUCUUAUCUUCCUGAGGAUGUGCAUGUGUCAUAUGACACUUUGAAGGCCAGCUUGGAUAAGCUACUUGGGCUCCUCUAUAGGGAGUCUAAAAGUGUCAUAGAGUAUGAGGAAGAUGAGGCUGACCCCAAUACACCUUUCUACCUACCUGGUUCUGCUUUCAAUCUAGAAUUCUUGGUUUCUCUUGAUCAAGUUGUCAAGCACAUAGAGAAGCUGACAAAAGAGGCACUUGGUGAGGAUGGAAAUGAGGUGACCAAGGAGGAAGUUGUUUUCACAAAGGAGAAGGAGAAGGAGAAGCAGCAGGAGCAGGAGCAGGAGCAGGAGGAGCAGGAGGAGUAG